UUGAUAUCCAAAAACUUGCCUUUUUUCCUGUAUCAUCUUCAACACAUUCAUCUCCUUUGUGCCAGUUCUUGUAAUUGUACACUUGUUCCUUCAAAAAAUGAAGCUCGUUUUCGCUGCUUUCCUUAUUUGCCUUGUCCUCAGCUCCUCUUUCGUUGAGACCACAAUGGCUGGUUCAGCUUUCUGUGACUCCAAGUGCGAAGUAAGAUGUUCAAAGGCGGGAGUAAAGGAUCGUUGUUUGAAGUACUGUAAGCUGUGCUGUAACAAGUGUCAGUGCGUUCCUUCUGGGACGUACGGACACAAGGACGAGUGUCCUUGCUACAGGGACCUCAAGAACUCCAAGGGCCAAUCCAAGUGCCCUUAAUUCUAUCUCUACAUUAAUUCUUCCUUCAUAUAUAUAUAUAUAUGCUGAUAUAUAAUGUUGGUUUGGGAGCUAGAAUGGAUUGGACCCUAUAUACAAUUUAAAAAGUUGUAUCAACAAUAAAUGUUGUCUGUUGUAGUUUGCCAAAUUAUUGUGUUUCUUUUUUUUUUCUUUUUUUUUUUUUGUGGUCAAGAAUAUUGGAUAUAGAGAGAUUAUUCUCAAAAUGAAAAAGAAUACAUACUAUUGGGAGAAUAAAGGGGUCCUAUUUGUUUGUAUUAUUAUUAUGAUCAAUAUUCUGAUAUGAAUUUAUGUACGUGAUAUUGGGCGCGACUAAAAUUCUAUGUUAUGCGAUGUAUUUCAAUAGAUCUCUCUUUCUCUUUGAUUCUUUAGCGUGACACCUACCAGGAUCCAGAAUGAUCUUACGUAAAAGAAAACCAAAAAUGAAACUUUUGUGGAUGGCACGGCCGUUGUGG